AUGAGAUCAUUCAAUGUAACUCACCCUGCUUCCUUUCUCCUAACUGGUAUCCCUGGUCUGGAGAGCCUUCAUCCGUGGCUGGCAGGGCCCCUCUGUGUGAUGUAUGCUGUGGCCCUUGGGGGAAACACAAUGAUUCUGCAGGCUGUGAGGAUGGAGUCUAGCCUCCAUGCACCCAUGUACUACUUCCUGUCCAUGUUGUCCUUCAGUGAUGUGGCCAUGUCCCUGGCCACACUGCCCACUGUUCUCAGAACCUUCUGUUUCAAUGCCCAUGACAUCGCUUUUGAUGCCUGCCUAGCCCAAAUGUUUCUCAUUCAUUCCUUCUCCAUGAUGGAGUCUGGUAUCCUAUUGACCAUGAGCUUUGACCGCUAUGUGGCUAUUUGUGAUCCCUUGCGCUAUGCCACCACAAAUGAUAUCAUUGCUAGAACGGGGUUAGCUGUGACUGCUCGGAGCUUCAUCACCCUCUUCCCUCUUCCCUUCCUUAUCAAGAGGCUGCCUAUCUGCAGAUCCAAUGUUCUUUCCCACUCCUAUUGCCUGCAUCCAGAUAUGAUGAAGCUAGCCUGUGCUGAUAUCACCAUCAACAGCAUCUACGGACUCUUGGUUCUUGUUUCCACUUUUGGUAUGGACCUGUUUUUUAUCUUCCUCUCCUAUGUGCUCAUUCUGUGUUCUGUUAUGGCCAUUGCCUCCCAUGAGGAACGCCUCAAAGCUUUCAAUACAUGUGUGUCACAUAUACUGGCUGUGCUGGCCUUUUAUGUGCCAAUGAUUGGGGUUUCCAUAGUGCACCGCUUUGGGAAACAUGCACCACGCUACAUACACGUCCUCAUGUCCAAUGUCUACCUUUUUGUUCCCCCUGUGCUCAACCCUCUCAUCUAUAGUGCCAAAACAAAGGAGAUCCGUCAAGCCAUCAUCCGCAUAUUUCACCGCAUCAAAAUGUGA